CAAGAAGGUACGCCAUUACCACCACCUACACCACCUCCCGUACUACCAACGUAAAUUCAAGUAUCCCGCAAGCGCCAUACUAACAUCAAUCUCAUGAUAGUCCCGCAAAACCCUCCAUCCCUACCGACCACGCUCUUCUCUCAAGCCCGGCACCAUUCUCAUCCUCCUCGCAGGCCGCUUCCGAGGCCGCCGGGUCGUCCUCCUCAAGACCCUAGACAACGGCGUCCUCCUCGUCACCGGCCCCUUCAAAGUCAACGGCGUCCCGCUACGACGCGUCAACGCCCGCUACGUCAUUGCGACCAAGACGACUGUUCCGCUCGAGGGUCUCGACGACAGCAAGCUGGGUGAGAUUGCGGCGAGGGGUUACUGGAAGCGGGACAAGAAGGCGGAUAAGAAGGGUAGUGAGGAGGCCUUCUUUGCGCAGGGCGGGAAGAAGGAGAAGAAAGAGGUUAGUGGGGAGAGGUCGGAGGAUCAGAAGGCGGUGGAUGAGGGGUUGUUGAAGACGAUUAAGAAGGAGGCUAUGUUGGCGGAGUAUUUGAAGAGUCAGUUCAGCCUUAGGAAGGGCGACCGGCCACACGAGAUGGUUUUCUAGAUGAUGAUAAGCUC